AGCAUUGUACGGUUCCCAUGGUUUCCCGUGUCCAUCGCAGCUGCAUGAAGUAUUUGGCUUUGGCCUGCCUGGGCCUUUGCCCCGUGACCCAGCUUGGGCGGGCGCUGACCUCGCUGGCGCCGGCGGGGCGCAGGUGCGCACAAACAAGGCGGCCGACACUUUCUUCGUGCGCUGAAUGGCGUGAGUGGUGGGUGCACUGGGGUGCAAUGGCCUUACUUGCUGCUUUGCACCAAGGGCUUAGAGAGCGAAGCUGAGGACUUGGUUCGCCAGGAGCUUGCUGGUGGCCUCCGCUUUAAGCGCUUGGAAGACCCAAUGAAUGGCAGGAGCGGCCAUGCGAAUGUGGGACGGCUCUUGAUGAGUGGUUCAGAGCGCCUGCCUUUGGGAGUGGAACUCCCGGGUAUCAUCCAAAGCUAUGCCUUCGUGGCUGCUAGCGCUUGGCACGACACGGACACGAGCCUCGCGCUCCAGGACCUGGAGGCCUGGGCGGCCACACUGGGCUCCUCGUUGGACACCGCGGCUCAGCUGCUGGACACGGCGCCAGACCUGCCACGCUUCCGGGCCUCGGUGAUACGAGAUGGUGAACAUCAAUUUACAUCGGAGCAAGCAAUGGUAGCGAUUGGAAGUGGCGUUGGAAGCAUCAUGCCAUGGAAAGCCGACAUGACCUGCUACGACAUUGAGGUCUUGUCACUGAUCCAUCACAGCCAUAUCACCGUGGGGCUCUCGUGUGCGCAACUGGGUGCCGCACGCCAGGGCGCAACGCACCCAUCCAAGCUCCCAAGCGAACGGCGCCCAUGGCACACCACUGAUGCACGGCAUCUGCGCUUCUCCACCGCUCGGUUGAUGCUUCGUUUCGCGCGGUUGACGCCGGGUGCGCGGCUCCUGGACUUCUGCGGUGGCUCUGGGACCAUUGCCCUGGAAGCGGCCUGUGAGUUCCGCGACCUCCACGUGGUCUCCGCGGACAAGAGUGGGAAAGCCUGCAGAUUGGCAGAGGCAAACUUGGCAGUGGCUAGAGCUGAACAUCUUCUGGCAGAGGGUUCUCAAGUGAAGAUCGUGAGAAAGAGUAUUGAGGAGUGGAGAAGGCAUCGCUUUGAGAGUUCUAGCCAUGCCUUUGACCUCGUGAUCUCCGAGCUGCCUUUUGGCGUGAGUCUUCGCAGAGUCGACUCGAGUCUCCUCAUCCAAGCUUUGAAUGCAGUCUUGCACCCGGAAGGGUGCGCAGCUUUGAUUUGCCCACAAGAGCAGGCAGCUGAGCUUCAGAAUGCCCUCACCGAGCAGCACUGGAAAGUACAUCAGUGUGAGGGCAACGUGGGAGGCGUUCCAGUGCAGUUCCUCUAUGCUGAGCGAAGCAGUUGACAUCAAGCCACUUUCGCCGCACGUGUGCCACCAACUCACAGCAGACACGGUUGCAGAUCCUGGCGGCGUUUCACAACGGGAAGAUGAGAAGCGCAUUGCCCUUGUGGGAUGAGUCCAUGAGGACAUACCAGUGGGUUGAGCACAAGAUCAGAUCCUUGGCUCGGAAGCCUUCUGACAAGGACAUUGAUGCAACUGCACAGCAGGAGCGCCGGGGCUGCCUCAAGCGCGGUGUUGAUGGAAACUGGAAGCCCUUUGAGAGGCUGCUGGUCCUGAUAUCGAUAUCUGAUGGCCGCUUCCAGAUUGGCAAAGCUUCUGCAAUACUUGGCUAGGUGCGGCCAAAAUCUGGUCUCCUUGCCACGGCGACACCCUUCUCGCAGUGCGUUUCGGUUUUCUUGUCCACCAUGGACGUGCUUGAAGGCAGUCCCGAGUUUCUUCAGCGACUGGAGCGACUUCUGCUUCUCCAACUGCUGAGAUCGGACUGCGGAGAUCCGACUUCGAAAGCCUGGCUAUUUGGGUCAGUGGUGUCAUAAGUAGGUUAUACUUGAGGUGGUGGGCAU